CCAGACCCACCGUUGGAGAGACCACCGUUACAACUUACUAGGUCACUGCACGGCUCCCUUUCCUUUGCCCGCCUUCCUUGUGCUACACGCUUUGGUUUCCAUUGCCUCCGAGGCCCCGAUCCAUUCUUAUACAUACAUACCACUGCCUCCCAGCUGCGCGACCUGACUGCUUCAUUGAUUGCAUAGCAAUUGUCCAACACAGCAUCAUGGCUUCCGUCAUCCAGUCACCCGCAGAGCAUUUGCUCUACGCAGCCAGCAAUGCCACACAGGCCGUCAAGAACGUCGCCCUGGACGGCCCUCUCGACAACACCACAUCACUUUUCACACAGCCAAAGUUCAUCCUUAUUUUCCUAUUAGUCAUUACUGUCGUCGCCGCGAGAGUCACGGGCCAGAAGCAGAAGCUGCCGGCCGGCGUGAAGCCUCUCCCACGGAAAGGGCCUGGUCUUCCAUGGGCAGGCCGAUUUUGGGAUGUGCCGGGCCCCGGUAUUGAGGCCGCAUGGCAUUUCGGCGAGCUUCACAAGAAGUACGGUCCAAUCUACGAGUGGCAGGUGAUGGGUACCCUUCACAUCUGGAUCGAGACCGACAAGAUUGCCAAGGACCUGUUUGUGACGAGACAACGGAACUACUGCGAUCGCAACGAGCUGCCCGCCGCUGUUGGUGUACGUGAGGGCGCUGAGAUUCUGCCACUCAUGGGCUACGGCGAGCAAUUCCGACGAUACAAGAACUUCAUGCACUUGAUCAUGCGACACGCCAACCCACGCACUUUCUACGGCUGGCCCGCAGACGAGAACAAGCGAACUCUCCGUCGCAUGCUGGAAAACCCAGAUCACUGGUCUGAGCACAUGCUGGUCCACUGCGCACGCACAAUCGCCGGUGUUGCCUGGGCCGAUCCACGACACGGAAGCAAGCUUCUCACCAUUAUCCCCAUUAUUCUCAAGGCUGUCUCGCCAGCCGGCCCUCUGAUCAAUAAGCUUACCUUCCUCUCCAACUUGCCAGAGUCUGUCUCGCCGUGGAAGCAGCAGGAGCAGAUCCGCAAGAAGCAGAUGUCUGACGCCUUCAUGGAGGCGCUUCAGGACGCCCAACAGAAGUCCCAGGAAGGCCGUCUCGAGGGUUCGUGGAGCAAGCUCUGGCUCGAGAACGAAAAGGGUACCGAGCACCUCGACUUCUACGAGGCUGCACACGCCAUCGGAUCCAGCUCUUUCGUCGCCAUCGCUACUGUUGGGGGUCCACUCCACGCUUUCUUCACUGCCAUGUGCCACUACCCAUCUUGGCAAGCGCACGUGGUCGAGGAAUUGGACCGUGUUUGCGGCAACCACCCACCCGAGAUGAAGGACAUGCCAAAUCUGCCACGUCUGCGAGCCACCGUCAAAGAAAUCGUCAGAUGGCGACAAGCCACUCCUCUCGGUGUUCCACACGUAGUGAUGGAGGACGACGUCUAUGAAGGCUACCACAUUCCAAAGGGCGCCAUCUGCCACGCAAACCACUACCUCAUUUCCCGUGAAGAAUCCACCUACCCACAAGGCAACGAAUUCAAGCCCCAAAGAUUCCUCGACCCCAAAUACCCAACCUACAAGGAACCCCUCACCGAAUUCCCCAACCUCAACGGCGACCGCGCCUUCGGCUACGGCAACCGUUCCUGCCCAGGCGUCGACCUCACCCAAAACGAACUCCUCACCCUCAUCGGCUCCCUAAUCUGGGCCUUCGAAAUCAAGCCAUGCGAAGGCGGCAACACCCCGGCGGUCCCAUGGUACGAAACCGCACCCUGGGUCAUCACCAUGAGCAAACCCUUCAAAUGCGACAUCAAAGUACGCUCCGAAGCCAAAAGACAAUAUAUCCUCAACGAAACGCCAGAAGGGGGGAAUUUGAUUAUUGAUAAUGAGAAGCAGCGGACGGAUAAAUGGCAGGUUGUGAGGCCGCCCGGUCAGGAGUUUUUCGCUUGGGACGGGCUUACGGAUCAGGCUUCGGGGACUUGGAAGAAGUAUCCUCUUGGUGUGUAGGAGGAGAUUAUUGUCGAGAUGGAAUGUGAGAUGCAUGGCAUGGCGUUCGUUGGUGUCAAGUGGGUGGAAAGAAUGCCGUUAAGACUCUUUAACUACGGUUGGGGUUCGCGAGUUAUUUGGAACUAAGUUUAGUUCUUACUAGUUCUUUUUUAUCGGUAUGUUAUCUAAAUCUCAAUCUUUACCAGUAUGCCCGAGAAUUUAUUAUAGUAGGGAAGUAGAUAGCUUUUAUUGUUAUGCGAAAAAAUCUAGAAAUCUUAUU